CUUGUGUUAGGUGAAAGCUUAGGCGACCUAUUAAAUUGAGAAAAUCGUAAUCACACCAAACAUUUAUCUGUCAGCUGGUUCUGAGAGAGCAGGUUAGAGACAGUAGGUGUGUUUACGGUCAACAUAAUCUCAGAUUUGCCCAACCAUUCCUCCAGCUCCAUUACUCUGCGCCCUUCUGUGCUUGCGUGUUUCUGUGUGUGUGCAUGUGUGCGUGUGCAUGUGUCUGUGUGUGUGUGUACACAUAUGUAUGAGGCUUUCCUAGUCUGCGUGUAUGUGAGUAAGUUUGUGCAUUAGUGAGAGACUGAGGGGGGCAUUGUUUACACAAGUGUGUCACAGCCAUUGACGUUAUUGGUAAACAGGCAGUUUCUGUCUCUGUGACUCACCAUGAGUGACAUCAGUGAUUUGGACAGACAGAUUGAUCAGCUGAGGAGGUGUGAGCUCAUCAAGGAGAAUGAGGUCAAAGCUCUGUGUGCCAAAGCCAGAGAGAUUCUUGUGGAGGAGAGCAAUGUACAGAGAGUGGAUUCUCCAGUAACAGUGUGCGGUGAUAUUCAUGGACAGUUUUAUGACCUAAAGGAAUUGUUCAGAGUGGGAGGUGAUGUUCCUGAAACCAACUACCUCUUCAUGGGAGAUUUUGUAGAUAGAGGUUUCUACAGUGUGGAGACGUUCCUGCUACUUCUUGCACUAAAGGUGCGUUACCCUGACAGAAUUACACUGAUCAGAGGGAAUCAUGAGUCACGACAGAUCACACAAGUCUACGGUUUCUAUGAUGAAUGUUUGCGGAAGUAUGGCUCUGUUACAGUAUGGAGAUAUUGCACGGAGAUCUUUGACUACCUGUCUCUCUCAGCCAUCAUCGAUGGAAAGAUUUUCUGUGUACAUGGUGGCCUCUCCCCAUCUAUCCAGACACUAGACCAGAUCAGAACCAUCGACAGGAAGCAGGAAGUACCUCAUGAUGGGCCUAUGUGUGACCUAUUAUGGUCUGACCCUGAAGAUACCACCGGCUGGGGGGUGAGUCCUAGGGGUGCAGGUUACUUGUUUGGCAGUGAUGUCGUGGCCCAGUUUAACGCCGCAAACGACAUAGACAUGAUCUGCAGAGCGCAUCAGCUUGUUAUGGAAGGCUACAAAUGGCAUUUUAACGAAACCGUUCUCACAGUGUGGUCUGCUCCAAACUACUGUUAUAGAUGUGGUAAUGUAGCAGCUAUCCUGGAGCUGGACGAACACUUACAGAAAGAGUUCAUCAUAUUUGAGGCUGCUCCACAAGAAACGAGGGGCAUUCCCUCCAAAAAGCCAGUGGCCGAUUACUUCCUUUGAGAGUUUCUUCCUGCCUGCAGGAAGAAAAGCAUCAUCAACUACAGGAAGCUGAGUCCAGUACUUAGUUAUGUUUCCCUUUCCCUUUCCCUGCCCAACUGUCUUAAUUGUGCAUUUUUUUUUUUCAUCCUCAAUACAUUUCGCAAUUUUUUUUUCUACCUUCCCUAUCAAUAUUUUGAAACAACAACUGCGAAUACAGAACAUGUUCUGCCUUGAACAUAGACAUAAUUUAUGUAACAUGAAUUUCAGUUCUGACCACUUGCACAUAUUCAACAAAAUGUCUCAUUCUGCUGUGGUGUCACUCUCCUAGCUUCAUUUUAUGCCAUAUCUGAUAGCUGGUAGAAUUUUUUUUUUUUAAUGUGAAUUGCGAUAUGGAAAAUGACUACAUGAGGGAUGAGCAGAGGAAAUGAUAGAAAAAGAGUGUUGAUUACAGGUAAUAUAUGAUAUUCCAAGUCUCUGAAUUCUGCCUUCUUGUGAAACAGUGGGGUUGACAUUUGCAUUCAGAACCAUUUUUAUUUUCAGUUUUUUCCCCUGCACUUUGUUAAAUGUAUAGGAGAAUGAAUUUGACACAUAUCAGUUCGGCUGUAGUUAAAUGUCUUUUCCCAGGUCACAGUUUCUCAUAUUUGAUUCAUAUGAAGGAAAAGCUGCAGAAGAGCAGCUUCUGUGGUGAAUAUAACGGACAUUAACCACACUGGAGCAAAUGAUGAUACAUCAAGAACCAAACUGAACUUCUAGAGACGUGUUUUUUUUCUCUCUGACUGUUCUCUCUGUAGGACUU